CGUCCGACCGACGCCGCGGUUCGCCUCACGAACGACGAGGCGUCCGUCGCGAAGGCGCGAUGCCACGAGUUGGGAUACUUCGACGACCCUCUCGCGGCCGCGUUCGCGCCCCGGGGCCCCGCGAAGCGAGGAGGAGGAGGGACGCAUCACGAGCCGCUCAUCAACCGCGGGUACUACGCGCGCGUGCGCGCGAUGCGCGCGAUGAUCGACGCGUUCAUGGACGCGUCGCUUCCGGGGGACGACGACGAAGACGAUGAUCGCGACAUCGUCAGCCUCGGCGCGGGCUUCGACACGUCCUACUUCCGCCUCCUCGCCGCCGGCCGCGCGCCGGGGCUGUUCGUCGAGGUGGACUACGGCGAGGUCGCGCGGAAGAAGGCGGAGAUCGUGCGCGCGAGGCGCGAGCGCUUCUUCGGCGAUCGCGAGGACGAGAUGACGAACGCGCUCGUAAACCUGGCGGACGGAUCGUAUCACGGCGACGGCGGCGGCGGCGACGACGACGACGCCUCCUUCCGCGACGUCUUCGGGUACCGCCUUCUCUCCGCGGACCUCCGCGACGUCGCGACGCUCGAGCGGAAACUCCUCGACCUCCCCGGGUACGACGCGGAGAUCCCGACGCUGUUCCUCGCCGAGUGUUGUCUCGCGUACGUCGAGCCGGAGGAGGCGGCGGCGGUCAUCGCGCUCGCGGCGCGUCUCUCGUCGAGCGCGCCCGCGGCCGCGUUCGUUCUGUACGACCCGAUCGGGCCGGACGACGCGUUUGGCGUGCAGAUGGGGUUGAACUUGCGGGCGAGGGGAUGUCCGCUGCGGGGCGUCGCGGGCGCGCCGACGCUCGAGGCGCAGAGGGAACGAUUCCAGGCUCGCGGGUGGGCGCGCGCGGGCGCGAUGGACAUGAACGACGCGUGCGAUCGACUGGCGCGGCGCGACGCGAGCGAUCAUCUUCGCAUGACGCGGCUCGAGAUGUUGGACGAGGUGGAGGAGUUUCGAAUGAUGCUCGCGCACUAUUGCGUGGCGUGGGGGGUGAACGAG